UCAAACAUGGACGCGUGCAGUAGAAGCGGUAUCUGCUGCUUGCGAAAUGAAUAUAAUUUAUAGACUGAAUACAAUUUAUUUCAGUUGUAUAUAAAAGAAACACUCUUACUUAUAUGGAGAACAUGGCGGUUGCUGAAUAGACUGUGAGAGCUGUCAUCUACGGUUGCGAUGACUUCACUCAAUGCUGGCUCAUGUUUACAGAGGCUGUGCAUCUUCUCCAUGUCCCUGUUCAGAAACAAACCUCCUCCCUCAACGGUUGUUCUCUCUCAGAUCACAUCUUUGCACCAAACAGCCUGUGAUCUGCAGUGUUCAAGACCAGACUCUUCCUCCAGCGUCUGCAGUGAAAAAAAGCCCCCAAGCAGCUCUGAAACUGGGGAUGAGGGUCCUCCGUCUGCACCGACCCACUGUUGCAUGAGCGGCUGUCAUAACUGUGUGUGGAUCGAAUAUGCUGAGAAACUGUUGAAAUUUUACAGCGACGGCGGAGAGAGAGCUCUGGAGGCCAUUGAGGAGAACGUUCUAGAUGACAACCUGAAGGCUUAUCUGAAAAUGGAGAUCAAGUUACUGAAGAAGACGUGAUGAUAAUGAACUGGAGAUUGACAAAGAACUGAACAUGUCACAUUGCACUGGUUGUUUGUUUUUAUAGUGCUCUUCAGAUGCUGACAUGAAUGGCUCCGGCUCAUCUGUCUGUCUGUCUGGUCAGCUCGGGUGGCAUUAGAAAACACAUUGCCUGCUCCGAAGUCUCAGGGUUUCUCAGCGGCACGGGUUGUGUGUUUCUCUGACGCCUCUCGUGCUGAUCUGAGUCUCAAUGUCAGCACGUGAGAGCUUCAUGAAGUCUCUGUGAUCCAGCUGCUGAAGGGAUUUAUGAUGAAUGACGUCAACAGUGGUCAGAUAUUCUGUGGACGAGAUGUUCAGAAGACUGGGACUGAUUCAUGGAGGUCAUUGAUGACAGCUCAAGCUUCACACUAUCUAUCUAUCUAUCUAUCUAUCUAUCUAUCUAUCUAUCUAUCUAUCUAUCUAUCUAUCUAUCUAUCUGUCUAUCUGUCUAUCUGUCUGUCUGUCUGUCUAUCUAUCAUCUAAAUGCAUGUGCAGUCUGAGUGUUAUUUUAAUAUCAUAAUUUAUUUUAUUUAGUUUAUAAUUUUUUUUUUGAUUUGAUUGUUU